UGAAGAAGCAUUAUUUAAUCAGAUGAGCAAUUUGUGCAGUUGAAAACAAGAAAUGGGUCUUAAAUUUUUCGUCACUUUUCUUCUCUACCGACUCAUCAAAUCCUUCCAAGAAGCGCCACGUGUCGAUUGCGAUAAGAGCGUGAAGAUAUGUCGAUUUAAGAUGAGAUGCCUUUUCCUAUUCUUGAUUUCCCACUAAUUUACAGGAUUAAGAAUCACGAAAACCAGUGCUUAAAUACCUCUAAUCAAUCAGCUCAUUGCUCCAGUUGCGAAGCUGGCUGCUGUCGGUCCCCUUGCCGACUGUAGAGAAUUUGAGGCACCAAAAUUUUAGUAAAACCCAUCAAACUGCUGCAAUGAAUUCCUCUCUUACUGCAUGUAAUAAGAGAGAUUGAUGAGACAGCCAGUGAUUGCGAUAAAAAAAGAUCCCAUUUUUGCCUUUUCACUGUUCCGCCACACCCUUCUCUCUCCAAGUUAAAAUCUUGAAACUUGAAAGUUGAAGAAAAGGGGGUAGGAGAGAGAAAGAUAGGUUCUUGAAGAGAUGGGCUGCUGCGUUUCGAAAUUCCCACCAACCGAGACGCACCCAGAAAAGGAGAAGCUCCAAAAUCAGGGCUUGGCGCCGCCGUCAGCUGUCUCCGCCGCCGCAGGGGCUGAGCCCGGGGUAGCCUCCUCUGGGGUUCCAUCUUUUUGCGAGUUCUCAUAUGCUGACCUCAAAGCUGCCACGAAUAACUUCAGCCCAGAUUUCAUUGUCUCAGAAAGCGGCGAGAAAGCCCCCAAUAUUGUCUACAAAGGCCGCCUGCAAAAUCGGCGGUGGAUCGCCGUCAAGAGGUUUCCUAAGUUGUCUUGGCCUGACCCCAAACAGUUUGCGGAGGAGGCGUGGGGAGUUGGGAAGUUGAGGCACCGGAGGCUUGCAAAUUUGAUAGGGUAUUGCUGUGAUGGAGAUGAGAGGUUGUUGAUUGCUGAGUUCAUGCCCAACGACACUCUUGCGAAGCAUUUAUUUCACUGGGAAAGACAGACCAUUGAAUGGGCAAUGCGCUUGAGAGUAGCACUUUAUAUAGCCGAAGCCUUGGAAUAUUGUUGCACUGAAGGCCGGCCGUUGUAUCAUGAUCUCAAUGCUUACAGGGUUCUCUUUGAUGAGGAUGGUGAUCCUCGGAUUUCAUGUUUUGGGCUGAUGAAAAACAGUCGAGAUGGGAAGAGUUAUAGCACAAAUCUUGCUUACACCCCCCCUGAAUAUUUGAAAAACGGAAGGGUAACCCCCGAAAGCGUCAUCUUCAGCUUUGGCACUGUCCUCUUGGAUCUACUGAGUGGAAAACACAUACCUCCGAGUCAUGCUCUUGAUAUGAUACGAGGUAAAAAUAUUAUACUUUUGAUGGAUUCUCAUCUGGAGGGGAAGUUCUCAACUGAAGAAGCAACGAUCGUUGUUGGCCUUGCUUCUCAAUGUUUACAAUAUGAACCUAGGGAAAGGCCUAAUAUAAAGGAUCUCGUUGCUACUCUUUCUCCGCUACAGCCAAAAUCAGACGUGCCAUCUUAUGUCAUGCUUGGGAUUUCGAAACAUGAAGAAAGCCCCCCAACACCGCAGCGCCCACUUUCGCCUAUGGGCGAGGCAUGCUCUCGACUAGACCUGACAGCAAUACACCAAAUCUUGGUCACAACACACUACAGGGACGAUGAAGGAACGAACGAGUUGUCGUUCCAAGAAUGGACACAGCAGAUGAGAGAUAUGCUGGACGCCAGAAAGCGCGGGGAUUUCGCCUUCCGCGACAAGGACUUCAAGACUGCUGUCGAUUGUUAUUCUCAGUUCAUCGACGUCGGCACCAUGGUUUCCCCAACUGUCUAUGCCCGUCGUAGUCUGUGUUAUCUGAUGAACGACCAGCCGGACGUGGCCCUUCGAGACGCGAUGCAAGCGCAGAUCGUGUAUCCGGACUGGCCGACGGCCUUCUACAUGCAGUCGGUCGCCCUUGCGAAACUGGACAUGCAUCAGGAUGCUGCAGACAUGCUCAAGGAUGCUGCUGGCUUGGAAGAGAAGAGGCAGAAAGGAGGCAGGCCUUCAUGAGAUUUCCCAUAUACUUUUCAUAUUCAAUCCUAAGUUUGUAAAUUUUUUGGGUCAGAAAAUCUAGCUUUUCUUGCUCAAAUCAAGAAUGUAUGUAACCCCUUGUUCUUGUUUUAAUAAAAAGAUUCAUUCAUUUGGAGAUUUC